AUGCCUGUUAUCACCCACCGAGAGACGAGCAGACACACCCACACCGUCAUUUUUCUCCAUGGGCGAGACAGCAACAGCCAGGAAUUUGCGGAGGAGCUUUUUGAAAGCGAGGCAUCCGAGCCUGCGGGGCAACCACGCACUCUUCCAGAUUUGUUCCCCAGCAUCAGAUGGGUCUUCCCCACAGCACCAACACUCCACUCCAAACGGUUUGAUGUCAUGAUGUCUCAAUGGUUUGAUAUGUGGUCAGUCGAAGAGCCCGAAAAGCGAGUCGAACUUCAGAUAGAAGGGCUGAAAUCGAGUCCGAUCUUUCUCGGUCACUCGAUUGACGAUUCUGUUGUUCCCAUCGAAAAUGGAAAGCGAAUGCGGGAUAUCCUCGUGCGUUCUCUGCGACUGAACGUUCAAUUUCAUGAGUAUGAGAAUGGGGGGCAUUGGUUCAACGAACCUCAAGGUAUCGAUGACAUCGUCGAGUUUAUCCAUCAACAUAUGUGA